UCUCCGCAGACUCUCACUUCUGUCCAUCUCUCUAUGCUAAUUCCUCUGCAAAUGGGCCGCCUCUUUCUAUUUGCUCUCUUCAGUUACUUCCUCUUAUCCUCCGCGUUUGGCGAGAUCGACGUUGGCGAUGAUCCACUGAUCCGUCAAGUGGUUUCGGACGGCGAGGAUCCUCUCCUCCACGCCGAUCGUCAUUUCUCGACCUUCAAGGCCAAGUUCGGCAAGACUUAUGCCAGUCAGGAGGAGCACGACUACAGGUUCGGCGUGUUCAAGGCUAACCUGCGACGAGCCAAGCUCCACCAGAAGCUGGACCCCAGUGCCGUCCAUGGAGUCACCAAGUUCUCAGAUCUCACCCCGGCAGAGUUCCGCCGAAAUUUCCUCGGGUUGAAGCCUAUUCAGCUCCCGGCCGACGCUCACACGGCUCCGAUCCUUCCCACCAACGAUCUCCCCACCGAAUUUGACUGGCGUGAUCACGGGGCCGUCACGGGCGUCAAAGACCAGGGUGCGUGUGGAUCGUGCUGGUCGUUUAGUGCAACGGGAGCAUUGGAAGGAGCUCAUUAUUUGCAGACUGGGGAGCUAGUGAGCCUGAGUGAGCAACAGCUUGUGGAUUGUGACCAUGAGUGUGAUCCUGAAGAAUAUGGCGCAUGCGACUCAGGCUGUAGUGGUGGGUUGAUGACCACUGCCUUUGAGUACACCCUCAAGGUUGGUGGAUUAGAGAGAGAGAGGGACUAUCCUUACACUGGGAGUGAUCGCGGCACAUGCAAGUUUGACAAGAACAAAAUUGUUGCUUCUGUAUCUAACUUCAGCGUUGUUUCCAUUGAUGAAGAUCAGAUUGCUGCAAAUUUGGUGAAGAAUGGCCCGCUUGCAAUUGGCAUCAAUGCAGUUUUCAUGCAGACAUACGUUGGGAAAGUUUCAUGCCCGUACAUCUGCUCUAAGCAUUUGGAUCAUGGGGUGCUCCUGGUGGGGUACGGAUCUGCUGGUUACGCCCCUAUCCGGUUCAAGGAGAAGCCAUACUGGAUCAUAAAGAAUUCUUGGGGAGAAAACUGGGGAGAGAAUGGUUAUUACAAGAUCUGCAGGGGCCAUAAUUCAUGUGGAGUGGAUUCCAUGGUCUCAACUGUAGCUGCCAUACAUACCACCUCCCAUUAAAUAUCUUGGUGGUUCCGUGUUGGGCGGCAAGUGGAGAGUGGAGCUAGCCGUUGUGAAUAUUAAAAGUGAAUAAUAUUGUAUGAAGAACAUGGAGUUCCUAGAAUUUUAUCUGCUCUUGAUGCUCCCAUCAACUUGCCUAGGCAGAGAUGGUUAGCUUUCUCUUGGUGGUUCCCCUGUACUUUAUAUCAUAGGAUUAUCCAUUUUAAAACUCUUAUAUUUGCAAA